CGUGAGCCCAGUUUGGUGUGAAUGAACAAGGCACAAAAUUAAGCUUCACAUGCUCCUUCUUUUCCCGUGAACACCAUCAUGCCGCCAUCCUCAGAACAAAGCUUCAGGGCCAAUCUCUCUCAGUUUCGCUGGGCCAGAGGCGUCACAGACGACUCUCAACAAACCCAACAAUCACUCCCAUCAUCAAACCCAUUCUCGCGCUUCUAUAAUGCAGUAGCAGGCGAUUAUAUCCCACUCAGAUCCGACGAACGCUCCAACGAAGAUGAGGCAUGGUUUGCGCUAUCACGUUGGGAGAGGCUACUCGGGUUCGGUGCAUGCUUGUUGGGCGCAGCAGUCUGCUUUUUUGUCGCUUUCAUAACCCUCCCUAUGCUUCCAAUCAAUCCUGCAAAGUUUGCUUUGUCAUUUAGUCUGGGGAGCUUGCUCGUGAUGUUCGGUUUCUCAGUGCUCAUAGGGCCAUUAAAUCACGCAAAACAUCUAAUUUCAAAAGAGCGACUGCCAUUCACCCUAGUCUAUUUCUCAAGUUUGGGCUUGACACUCUAUUUCUCCAUCAGCGUCCAAUCGUACUUGGGUUCGCUAUUAGCAGGUAUCGUCCAGGUAGUAUCUCUAGUAGCGUAUGUCCUGGCGUACUUCCCGGGAGGUACACAAACGUUGCGCUUUGGUGGACAAGUCGCUCUUCGAGGAGCAGGAAGCCUAUUACCCUUCUAAAAAUAAUGAUAGAAACCCAUUGACAUGACUGUAUUCUCACAUACGAUAUCUAGUGCUUGCUCAUUAUUCAUUCUAACACCGCCA